AGGGGAAGGCCACCAUAUACCGCAUUCUAAUAGAUAAGAAAAAGAAGGGGGAGGGAGAGGUGGGUCCGUUUUGUUUGGUAGCGGGGACGGCUUUAGCUUUGUGAGUUUAGUUAUAAAAUAGUAAUCCCAAAUGAAAGAGCAAUGGGUGUGCCAUAAAAUUCACAAUUCUGAGUUUGCAGUUCCGGCGGCGGAGCCUUACCUUUUUCCCCUCUUUUUAUCACUCUCUCCGCCCUCCAGAUAGGUUGUUAAGGAAUUAGAGAUGGGGUUGUUGUCUCUACUGGAGGUGGCAUCGAUGCCCAAUAUACAACUCCUCCUUAUUUCUUUAUUGGGAGCUUUCUUAGCCACUGAUUAUUGCAACGUUCUUCCUCCCCAUGCUACAUCUUCUCUUAAUAAGAUUGUGUUUACUGUUUUCACUCCCUGUCUCAUGUUUGCUAAUUUGUCCAAAACUGUCACCUUUCAAGACAUUAUUUCAUGGUGGUUCAUGCCUGUGAAUAUUGGAUUUACGUUUUUAUUUGGAGGAAUAUUGGGCUGGAUGAUUGUGAAAGUUUUCAAACCAAAGCCAUAUCUUGAAGGCCUUAUCGUUGCUUCCUCUGCUACUGGGAACUUAGGAAACCUUCUUCUGAUAAUCAUCCCAGCCAUUUGUGGGGAUGUGGGGAAUCCUUUUGGGAAUCAAGACACGUGUACUUCUCGUGGUCUGUCUUACGCAUCGUUUUCCAUGGCGUUGGGGGGAUUUUACAUAUGGACAUACAGUUACCAUGUAGUGAAAACAUCCUCAUUACGCCUCAAACAACUUCAAGAAUUAGGUGCAGUCCCAGUCCCACAUGAUUCCCAGUUGCACACUCAUCUUCUGCCUCAAAAACCUGAUCAAGAUUCUUAUCAUCACAUCCUUCCUUCUACCAACAACACGCUAAAAUCAGAUCAGAUCGAAUCCCAAUUAUUAGAAGGUACUGGUGGAAGCGUCGUACCCAUUUUAGAGAAACAAUAUUCAGAUGAUGGUAUAUCAGUAAAAGGAAGAUCAUUAAUAAUAUUGGGUAAAUUACAACAUUUGUUUCGCUCCAUUGUCAAGGAGUUGAUGGAGCCACCCACUUUAGGAGCUAUGGUUGGAUUCGUUUUUGGAGCGGUGACAUGGCUGAGACAUUUGGUGAUUGGGGAGAGUGCUCCAUUGCGAGUAGUCCAGGACGCUGUCAAACUACUGGGCGAUGGAACGAUCCCAAGCACAACGUUGAUCCUGGGAGCCAACCUAAGACAAGGGAUACAAUCGUCACAAUCAGUGAAACCAGUGAUCAUCCUAGCCUUAAUCGUCUCUCGAUACAUUGUUCUCCCUGCAAUCGGAAUAUCCAUUGUGAAAGCAGCAUGGUGGUUGGGGUUUCUGCCACCGGACCCCAUGUACCACUUCUUGUUGAUGGUUCAAUACACGCUCCCACCAGCCAUGUCCAUCGGCAUUAUGACUCAGCUCUUUGGCGUUGGUCAACAGGAAUGCUCCGUUAUUAUGUUUUGGACAUAUUCAGCUGCUCCCCUUGCCCUCGCUCUUUGGUAUGCACUUUUCAUGUGGAUUUUAUCUACUUAACUUCAUUUUGAAUCCAAAUUAAGUCCAACCCAAAAGAAGGGCAUUAUAUCAUACAUAUGUAUAGGGCAUGCAAGGCCUACCUAUUAAUUAAUUUGGAGUUUGUUGUACAAAGUAUUUUCUUUUCGGUUUGUUUUUACCUUUCCGCGCGACGACUGCUUCUACGUACCUAAAUAUUUGAUAUAUACUCUACACCUUCCUUCUCACAUCACAUCAUCUUUUCCUUA